AUGCCAUCCUAUCUGCGAGCACCCCAUAGGUCCUUCUCAUUUCCCCCAUGUAUCGAUAGCGUCGAGGCCGAACCUGCGUACGAUGCUGGGUUACCAGAUAUUGACGAGGAGCCCUUCGCUCACUUCUUGACUCCGCUCAGCGAAGAAGACGAUCCCUACGACCCCAUGUCGCUGAGCGCAGGGAUCAUUGGUCAAGAUGGCCCACGCACGAGCAGAGCAUCAAAGUUCAAGUCCAACGUCUCGGGCAAGUGGGCACGAUAUGUCAAGCAAAACCAUACACAGCUACACACACGGUACCAUGUCCCAGCGAUACCCGAAGAAGACGAAGAAUCCUUUAUGGGUCUCGACGACGACCGUCUGAAGUACACACCACAAACAGUCGCACAUACGUCUCCACGGAUCACCAUCACAGAGCCAACACGUGGUCGCGCUCAAGAACUUGUGCAACGCAAGGAGCGUAACCGACGACAACGAUCUUCGCGUACGCUCUCCGGUCAUCGCCACUCCUGGCGCGAACCAAGUCCUGAGCUCUUUACUGUCGACGAGUCAGAGGAAGAUGAAGUGGUAGUCCGGCGUGCAAAGACACGCAAGGCGAAGGAUGGCGCAGAACGCCGUAGGUCAUCGACCCGCUCGAAGUCAAGAGCGAGGACCGACACGGCAGAACGAGCAAAACUGUGA